AAAAUCCUAUGAAAUGGACGAUACUAUAGAGAUUUUGGAGAAAAUUUAGCAAGAGCUUCAACCUCUUGGUAACUUUUCUUUUGAGUCUAUCUCUCUCAUCCAAUUCCUGCGUUUUUCCUGUGGUUCAAUUAAACGGUCGAGGGCCCCUUUGAAAUGGAGGAUUAGCAAAGGAAUUUUGGAGGAUUCAUUUUCCUAAGGAUUUUUUCCUAUAUUGCCCUUUGAUUCAUAGGAAGAUGAUAGGAAAACUUCCAUAGGAUUGCAUUUCUAUGAUCAAUUCCAUAGAAAAAUAAGCAAGAGGUUAGACCUCUUGUGAAACUUUCCUUUGUUGAGGGUAUCAUGUGGUAUAAUCAAAGGGCUCUUCUCUCCAUUUCCUGUGUUUUCAAUUCCUGUAGAAUUAGAAAAACAUACAACUUCAAUUCCUACGUUUUUCAUAUUCCUGUGUUUUUCCUAUCCUGCGUUUCAAAAGGGACCCCAUUCUUAUUUUUUCCUGUGUUUUGUAAUCCUCUAUUUUACACUUAUAUUUCUAUCAAAAUCCUACGUUUUUCCUAUUUCUAUAUUUUCUCAAUCCUGCUAUUCAAAUGGCCCCUUAAUGGACGCAUCCUGCACGACGACGGACGCAGGGCAAUGCCAUAUGUCAGACCGAACCUUUUUUUUCUUUUUCUUUCCCCUUUGGUUCGUGCAAACCAAUCCCUGCCUUCCGUUCUACCGGAGAUCCCCUGGUAAAAUUUUACACCCUAUCACAUCGAAUAUUUGGGCAUAUAUAUGGAGUAUUAAAUAUAAACGAAAAAAAUAACUAAUUACACAAUUUACGUGUAAAUUGCGAGACAAAUCUUUUAAGCCUAAUUGCGUUAUGAUUUCGCAGUUUAAAGACGUAUUCUGUAAUUUGUUUGUGUGUCCAUAUAUCCGAUGUGACACGCCAAAAUUUUACAAAACUACGUCUAAACACAGCCCUAGUAGUAGAUCCAGCCUGUGACUGCGACUUGUGGCCGCUGGUUGCAGUUGCCGUCACAAGUUCACAAGUCAGAACACACCUGCGGCUGCGUACGCUGAGCUCGUUGAUAGAUUUGGGCUAGCCCCAACGUUGACAACAUCCACCGUUCCGGUGGAGUUAGCCGGACGCCUUAAAAUAGAAUAGCCCCGGACGCGGCAACGACGCGCAGAAUCUUGGCCGGUGUGGUGUUGCAGCCAGGAGCCAGAGCCCUCAACCCCGCAGGCGCGCAGCAGCAGUGGCGCGCGCGCGCGGGGCAUCCGUCUCAGGCGGCUCAGGGCAGGUCGGGCGAGAGGGAGAGGAGAUCGACGCGCGGCGUCCCCUCAGCCGGAGGAAAGGUUUUUGGCUGUGACCGUAACAGAUCCAGGCUAAUCCAAUGGAUGACAACAGCAUUCAGCAAUCACUGCUAGCUGAUAACCCUAAUGUGCUGCAGCGGAAGCCGUCAGAAGGAGUAAAUCGGUUUCGACGAUGCAGGUCGACUCCUUCCACGGAUCCUCUUCAAGGCCCCCCUGAAAAGGGCUCAUCAGUUAAAGCCAAGGAGUUAUUCAAGGAGAUGAGGCCAAGUUUCAGACUAGUAGGACUUCUCCUUUUUAUCUAUCUUCUAGUGGGCGUCCUGGCCUUUUAUGCUGUCAUGGAUGAGAUAUCAGGCAAGCGAACAAAUAGAGUGCUUGACGCCUUGUACUUCUGUGUUGUCACAAUGACCACCGUCGGCUAUGGAGACCUCGUCCCAAACAAUGACACAACAAAACUGCUUGCUUGUGCUUUCGUCUUCAUGGGUAUGGCAGUUGUUGCUCUCUUUGUCAGCAAAGUAGCAGAUUAUCUUGUUGAGAAGCAGGAGGUGCUGUUCUUCAAAGCAUUGCACACGAAUCUGAAGGGUGGUGAGACCAAGAUGCUUAGAGCAAUCGAGACAAACAGGAUAAAGUACAAAUUUUACACAAAUGCACUGCUUCUGGUGCUAUCCAUUAUUUCUGGGACCGUAUUUCUGUGGAAAGUGGAGAAACUGAGUCUUGUUGAUUCCUUCUACUGUGUAUGUGCCACAAUCACUACCCUGGGUUAUGGGGAUAAAAGCUUCUCAUCCAAACUGGGACGUGUUUUCGCGGUCUUUUGGAUUAUCACGAGCACUAUCAUCAUGGCACAAUUCUUCAUGUACCUUGCUGAGAUCUACACCGAGCGACGGCAGAAAAUGCUGGCCAAUUGGGUUCUCACACGGAAAAUGACAAAGAUGGAUCUUGAGGCAGCCGAUCUGGAUGAUGAUCGACAAGUUGGUGCUGCAGAAUUUGUUGUGUACAAGCUCAAAGAACUGGGUAAGAUCAACCAAGAGGAGAUUUCUUCUUUUCUGGAGGAGUUUGAAAAGCUCGAUGUCGACCACUCUGGCACUCUCUCCCCAUAUGACCUGACCCUAGCACAAUCUGCUCAGUGAAAACAGAUGCCUUUUCCAUUGAUCUGGUGUUUCAACGGUUUCCUUUGCUUCCGCUAAUUAUCACCUAUACUCUAUCUAAUUGCCCACGGGUAAUUCAGUAAGUAACAAAAGAAAUGAGUGGUCCUUACCUCCUACAUCUAACAUAGUGGAUCAGCUCCUGAACAUGUGUAAGAGACAAGUAUUUGUGAAGUAACACCGAGCUCACACACCUGCAUAUAUGAAAUUCGAUAAGCUACUUUUCAGUCAUUGCAAUGUUUUCGGCUUGUUAUGUGCAAAUGAUAGGUUGUGUGGGUGUAGAUUUCACCUGGAAUUUAAGCAACCUUUCCUUAGUUUUGUUGCCCGUUCUUCUUAACUCCAUAACUGCAACUCUGCAAGGAAAAAAGGCUGAUGAUGGCUGGAGACUAUAUAUGAAACUCGAUAAGCUACUUUUCAGUCAAUGCAA